UUUCUGCGAGUCAGUCGGCGACGAGAUGCCCGAGGAGGUGCCAAACAUUAGUGUCACUGGCGAUUCAAGAGUCCGUCAGACUGAAAUGUCAUAGGAGCAACCUCGCCGCUUUCUCACUGUGGAGGCUACUGAACGCGCCCGAGUCGCGCCAUUUUGAAAGUGUAAUGGUGGGAGAGGCAGGGGCGAGGGAAAUCUCAAAGUAGAGUGCAAAGUCUAAACGCAAGUGCUGAAGGCUGAAGUUUAGUUUCUUCGGUUCAACUGGUUCAUCUUGUUUAUAUCCACCGAGCCGAGGGCUUGUACGGUAGUAAGAGUUACCAGCAGCACUCGCGGAUUCAUUCCUCCUCUGCUCCUUGGUUAGAACCGCCCAUCCGAUCCGGGUCAGCACCGCUCCAGUACAGGGCCUGAGCCCGCUACAGAGAUACGCUGUGUGUGAGCCGCUCGCCAUGGCAGGGGCCGGUGGUGGGAACAGUGAUGUGCAGUGGUGCUUUUCCCAAGUCAAAGGAGCGAUAGAUGAUGAUGUCGCUGAAGCUGACAUCAUAUCUACAGUUGAAUUCAAUCAUUCUGGGGAGCUGCUAGCCACUGGAGACAAGGGUGGUCGUGUUGUGAUUUUUCAGCAGGAACCAGAGAGUAAGAAUCAGCCACAGUGCAGAGGAGAGUACAACGUUUACAGCACUUUUCAGAGCCACGAGCCUGAGUUUGACUACUUGAAAAGUCUUGAGAUCGAGGAGAAGAUCAACAAGAUUCGAUGGUUGCCUCAGAAAAAUGCAGCACAGUUUCUUUUGUCUACAAAUGACAAAACUAUAAAGCUGUGGAAAAUUAGUGAACGUGAUAAGAGGCCAGAAGGCUACAAUUUGAAAGAAGAAGAUGGGCGAUACAGAGAUCCCAAUACUGUGACAACACUACGGGUACCCGUAUUCAGGCCCAUGGACCUGAUGGUGGAAGCCAGCCCCAGAAGAGUGUUUGCAAAUGCUCACACAUACCAUAUCAACUCCAUCUCAGUCAACAGUGACUGUGAAACCUACCUUUCUGCAGAUGAUCUGCGCAUUAAUUUGUGGAAUCUGGAGAUCACUGACCGAAGCUUUAAUAUUGUUGACAUUAAGCCGACCAACAUGGAGGAGCUGACUGAGGUGAUUACGGCAGCGGAGUUUCACCCAAACCAAUGCAACACUUUUGUCUACAGCAGUAGCAAAGGCACCAUCCGCAUGUGUGACAUGAGAGCAUCAGCACUGUGUGACAAGUAUGCCAAAUUGUUUGAAGAGCCAGAGGAUCCAAACAACCGCUCAUUCUUCUCUGAAAUCAUCUCAUCCAUCUCUGACGUGAAGUUCAGCCACAGUGGGCGAUAUAUGAUGACCCGUGACUACCUAUCUGUCAAAAUCUGGGAUAUCAAUAUGGAGACACGGCCAGUAGAGACAUAUCAGGUGCAUGAAUAUCUCAGGAGUAAAUUGUGUUCGCUGUAUGAGAAUGACUGCAUCUUUGACAAGUUUGAGUGCUGUUGGAACGGGAACGACAGCGUUGUGAUGACCGGCUCCUACAACAACUUCUUCAGGAUGUUUGACAGAGGUUACCGGCAGGAUGUAACCCUAGAGGCAUCGCGGGAAAACAGCAAGCCUCGAUCGGUCCUGAAACCUCGCAAAAUAAGCACAGGUGGGAAACGCAAGAAGGAUGAGAUCAGUGUAGACAGUCUGGACUUUAACAAAAAGAUCCUCCACACUGCUUGGCAUCCCCUGGACAACAUCAUCGCUGUGGCCACCAUCAACAAUCUGUACAUUUUCCAGGAAAAACUGAACUAAUGUUUUGUUGAAUCCAUCUUAGAACCUUGUUCUGCUUGAGUCGCACUGCUUUGAUAGACACAAAUCUGUUUUUGGCUAAAUCCCCUUGUCUUGAUAUGAUCUGCCCUUGGCAGGUUUUAGUACUGAAUAUGACUUACUUUCUCAAAAACAAACACUGGCAUUAAUAGUACAGUUUCCAGGUGUGUUACAGAUCUUAACAUGCAGGAUUUGUCGAUUGCCGGAUUUACUGUCAUGGGUCGCCUUUAGUAGAAGCACUCCAGUUAGCAACCUACUGUUUGCAGGUCCUUUAUGUCCCUGACCAAAGGGAAAUGUGUUAAAUACACAAAUUUAAUUUUGUGCCAACGUGACACGAUUCAGUUGUAUGUCAUCACUACCAGUUGUUACAUUUUUGUAGCCACCAUGUCUUUUUAGUUGGAAGACGAAACUCCUAUCUGUCUUGCUGUUAAGUCCUUCAUACUGGCCUGCAGCUCUGCUAAUACAAACUGUCAACUCUCAAUAUUGACCCCAAUGUUUGUUUGUCAAGGUGCCAAUUUAAUUCACUGGUUUUCUUAAUGUACAGAUUAACUAUUAUGUUAAAUGUUCAUCACCCUGUUUGAUUAGUUAAGUCCUCACUUAAAGACCUUUUUAAAAGGCAAUAUCUCUACUACUGCCAGGUUUAUCAUUGAGUCACAGAGGCCUUUGAUGCGACUAACUUAGGAUACAUUUUGGGGAAUACUACAAAACUUCUUUUUUUUCAUGUUUGCCUCUUGAUUAGAUUUUGAUAAAACAUCGUGUAAAUAAGAUGGCUUUGAGCAGCUGAAGCUCAAAACUGUAAUGGUGCAGGGUUACGAACAUAAGGUUUUAUGCUCUCAGCUGUAUUACCAAAGCCUGACUCUGACUUUUGCUCAAAUUGAUUAUUUAUCGCAAUCUGUCCUCAACGUAUAAGUUGGUUUUCACACUAAAUGUAGGGACAUUUUUUAGUGAAUGGGCUAAAGCAUGAGUUCUUGUGUAGUCUUUUAGCAUGCACAUAAGAAUUGACGUGUGGACAUAUUUGGCAGAUAUUGUGACUUCGGUUGUUCACUGAGGGAGAAUCAUGCCCAUGUAAACAAUUCUAUACAGUCUAGAUUUAUUAUUAGCUGUCAUGCAGACAAGGUGCUCCUGGUUUGGCCAGUCACUCUUGCACAUGUGUGGACCACUAUAUGAUGCUCAGGACAAACGCUUCUGUACAUGUAAACGGCAUAGAGGUGUUCUGUGGCCUGGUUUUCUCAUUCUGUGGCACCAGAAUUGCUGCAAGUUGAUGCCAAUAGCUUUUCCACAAUUCCACCCAGUAGUUUGCUUUCUCUUUGUUUUGUUUUUUUUUUGUUUGUUUUACAUAUUUUGUACUCUACCUGAUAAAAUAAGAAUCACUAUAGCAGAUUUAUUUUUAUAUAAAUUAAGGCAAUAGGAUUACAGUCUGAUCACUGUACUUUCUUUAGCUGUCUAUCUUAGACUGAUUGUAGAUUAUAGGUUGCCUUAUCAGGUAACAUCAGCUUUCAUUUGUUUUUUGUUCUCUGGCCAUAAUUUUUAUUUAGGGGAUUUGUUAAAGACCCAGAGACUUAUUGUGACAUAAAGAAAGUGUGUUGUUUUUGACAUGGGAUGUCCAAAGAGAAGUAUUUUUAGGUGACAGUAUCUCUGUAGUCUUAAACACUAGAGCAGUGUGUCCCACCCCCCAACUGAUGUUUGUGUAAAACUUUAAAACACUUCAGAGUUGAAUGGAUCUACAGUGUAUGUUCUGUUUGAGACACUGUUUGGGUUAUAUUUUAACCUACAUGUGAUGUUACAAUUGUUAAAUCAUGGUCUCUGUAAUCCUAGUCAAAUGAAUUGACUAGGCAGAGUUACUGUAUUUGUGUCAUAUUAUGAAAUGCUCUGCUCCAAUGCAGGAGAAUUUGUGAAGCACUUGGUUUGCAGAUGUUUGUUGUGUAAAAGCGGUCAUUAACAACUGUAUCAAACACGGAACAUUUAAUUCUGAUGAUCCAUGGCAACACUAUGCUUUAUCAGUUGUCUCCUGGACUAAACGGGUCGAUUAUAGCACGUAUUGCCACUUCAUUAUGAUGAUAUGACAGAUACAGCUGUUGAAUGAGGAUGUGAAGCUUAUUAGUUCAUUAGAUCAUAUUCAUGUCACUCCUAGCACAACCAAUUUCCAGUCUCUAGGAAGCCACCAAAAAUAGCCACCCGUUUCCAUAUUUGCUUCAAAGCUACUGUUUAGUGUCAUCCUCUCAGGGCUAUGAGUAAUGUUGUAUGAGCCCCCCAACCCUUAAUUGUCCAAUGCGAGUGUUUGAGUUCAUUUGCAUCAUGUCAUAUUUGUGAGUCUGUAUAAUGUGACACCUUUUUUUUUACUAUUCUACUGUCAAAGAUGAGCCCGUUAGCCACUAGUCAACAAGGAUUGCUGUACCAUAAACAUAUUAAUCAGUGAUCAGCAAUACAAUGCCACACAAAGGAAGCAUUUUCUCACAAACUACUGUUCUAGCAACCAGUUUGAAAGUUUAAGAAAAACUACAGAUAGUACUAGGUUCUAGCAGGUUCCUUUGUGUAGUAAUGUUUCUGAAACGCAUGGAAUCCUAUAACAAACCUGAUCAUCACACUCUUGAGCUCUGCCGCACUGACACUACUAAUAAUCGUUCCAAUUUCCCCUGGCCACAGAGACAUUCAGGGGAACCCCAUUGCCUUUUAUUAUAUAAUUAACAAGAAAUAGGAUAAUCAAGUGUGUUUCUUGUACUGUUUGGUGUGCCAGACUGCUCAGGGGAAUACUGCUGCUCUGUGAUCAAAACCCUGUAACUUCAAAAGCAGUUUUAUUGGGAUCAUGCUCCUUUUAUUUAUUUAUUUUUUUCUUGUUUCUAUAAUGGAUUUGAACCGGAACCUUGGUGAACUAAGCUCGCUGUACAUAUAGUAUACAAGAAUAAAAGCUGUCUAAAUUGGAGUUAUGAGGUUUUCCACUUGAAGCAGCAUUAUAAACACGCCUAAUGUAUCACAGAGGAUAAAAGAAAAUGCACUUUUGUUUAUUACAUUAGUUUUUCUUAAAAUGAGGCUCUUGAAUAAAGAUUGUAGAAACAUUUUGGUGACCUGUUUAAAUGGUUCAUUGUACAGCUACUUUAGUCUUUGUCAAAUAAAAUAAAGUACAGUUUAGAUAAAAAGUAAAGAAUUUCAAGCCUGAAUUCUGAAUAAAAUAAAUAAACUGC